AUGAUAGCUGCUUUAGCAAAUUUGAUCUUCUCAACUGUAAGUUUUUUGUCCAAUUCGAUUUCUUAUGUGAUCUUCCACGUCGCAGCAUGUUCCUUCUGUCUAUUUGUUCAAACCUUCAAGAUUCCAGGGGAAGCCAUUUAUGCCUUGAUCAAGCUGGUAAGAGAUACAACCGAGUCCUUUUUUCUCAAAUUAUGCAAACUAGGUGUUGAUUUAAUCAGUGAAAUGUUUACUACAUUACUUGAUCUGGCGAAAGGACGAGUCAUGCGAAUAUCAGAUUCGAUUUCAUUGACGAUUGGUAAUGUGAGUGAGAAAGGAAUGCCAUGGCUUAAUCAAUUUCUCGAGGAAUGGCCGAAAGUUUUCGACGGAUUUAUCGAAAUGGUAUUAACCGUGGUUAUUGGUUUGUGGAAUAAUUACAAAGAUGCUUUGUAUUAUGUUUACCGAAAGUUACUUGAGUAA